UUUUCCUUUUUCAAAAACGCUCUGCCAUGUAUUCAAGGUAUCUGCCAUCUCUUUCAAGCAUGUGAUCAGCUUGAUAACUUUUGCUGGGGGUCAGUGUUCGGAAUGACAGGCUGGAGUGCAGUAGCACAGUCAUAACUCACUUUAGCCUCGACCUCCCUGGGCACAAGCGAUCCUCCCAUCUUAGCCUCCUGAGUAACUGGGACUACAGGCGUGUGCCACCACAGCCUGCUAGGUUUUUUUUUUUUUUGGUAUUAAUAUUUUGUGGAGAAAGAGUUUCACUGUGGUGACCAGGCUGGUCCAGAACUCCUGGGCUCAAGCAGUCCUGUCUCAGCCUCCCAAAGUGCUGGGAUUACAGGCAUGAGCCUCUUUCCUGGCCCUAGAGUUUGCUAAUUUCAUUCUUUUUUGUUUUGUUUUGAGGCAGAGUCUCACUCUGUCACCCAGGCUGGAGUGCAAUGGUGCAAUCUCGGCUCACUGCAACCUCUGCCUCCCGAGUGCAAGGGGUUCUCCUGACUCAGCCUCCUGAGUAGCGGGGAUUACAGAUGCCCGUCACCAUGCCUGGCUAAUUUUUGUUUUUUUAGUAGAGUUGGAGUUUCACCAUGUUUGCCAGGUUGGUCUCAAACUUCCAACCUCAGGUGAUCUGCCCACCUCGGCCUCCCAAAGUGCUGGGAUUACAGGCGUGAACCCAGACCUUGAUAAUUUCAGUGGGGAAAAAAAAAAUCUUACUUACAUGUUUGGGCCAAGUGCUGUGCUAAUGGGUGGGGACACCUUGAUAAGUAUUUGAUAAGUUAUGUUUCUUGUCUUAAGGGAGUAUAGAAGGAAUGGUUAAGUCAGCACUGGGAGGAGUGAGAGAAAUUGAAGCCCUUUGAGGUAGGCCUUGAAGAAUGAGCAGAAAUUCCCCCAAAGGGUGGGAGUGGCAGGACCAACCUGGCCAACUUCAGACCUUCUUUGAGUUCCAAAGUCAGGUACUUUGAACUGACUUCCAGGAUUCCUGGAGUAAAGUACAGUUCUGCUUGAAGUGUUUGUUUGGAAACAUGAGUUUGUUCCAGUGAGGCUGCUGUAUUAGAUAACCACUUGAGAGUUUGCUGUACACAGUGUCAUCUGUGAGAAACGUUAGGUGAUCGUGAAAAGUUGAGGCCAGCUGUACCAAGCCAUGUAAUAUACACACCUUCAACAUAGAUCAGUCACCUCAGUUGACUUGUUUUAUGUGAGCCACAGUUGUGUACAUCGGAUGUUACAGCAUUCACUGUCUUUGCCUCCACUUCUCAAUAACUCACAAGCCGUAAACUGUCUGAGGCCCACUUCCACAGAGCAAGCCUCAGGCCUUUUUGAAGGACUUGAAAAUACUGGAAAUCUGUCCGGAUCCAAACUCUUUUGCAAGCCAGAUGAGUAACCAGACGGCAUGAAAGGUUGAGAACAUUUGACUUCCCUGCAAACCUUGGUAUAGAUCACUUCCUCUCCUGUAGGUUGGCACCAAAGAGCACAAUGAGUACAAGAAAACGUCGUGGUGGAGCAAUAAAUUCUAGACAAACCCAGAAGCGAACUCGGGAAGCAACCUCCACCCCCGAGAUUUCCUUGGAAGCAGAGCCCAUAGAACUCGUGGAAACCGCUGGAGAUGAAAUUGUGGACCUCACCUGUGAAUCUUUAGAGCCCGUGGUUGUUGACCUGACUCACAAUGACUCUGUUGUGAUUGUUGAUGAAAGAAGAAGACCAAGGAGGAAUGCUAGGAGGCUGCCCCAGGACCAUGCUGACAGCUGCGUGGUGAGCAGUGACGAUGAGGAGUUGUCCAGGGACAGAGACGUGUAUGUGACUACCCACACUCCCAGAAACACCAGGGAUGAGGGCGCCGCAGGCCUCAGGCCCUCGGGUACUGUCAGUUGUCCUAUCUGCAUGGAUGGAUACUCUGAGAUCGUGCAGAAUGGACGUCUCAUCGUUUCCACAGAGUGUGGCCAUGUCUUCUGUAGCCAGUGCCUCCGCGAUUCCCUGAAGAAUGCUAAUACUUGCCCAACUUGUAGGAAAAAGAUCAACCACAAACGGUACCACCCCAUUUAUAUAUGAAGUAUUCAGAGUCGCCCAGGAGACACGGAUGGACAGACAGACAGACAGACAGGCUCUCCAGUGGUAUCUGCCUCCAUUUUCCUGAGCUCAAAAAGACUGUUUCAGAACCAACGUCUGAUAUGUAAACUGCUCUUUUGUUUCCAACCCCUUCUUUUUGUUAUCUCCAGUUUGAUGCUAUGGCGCUGGACCCAGGGCCCUCCCAGGCCAUCUCUGUUCGUCUGGGGUGGUCCAGUUCUAGAGUGGGAGAAAGGGAGUCAGGCACAUUGGGAAUCGUGGUUCUAGUCUGGUUGCAGAACCUGCACAUUUGCCAAGAAAUUUUCCUUGUUUGGAAAGUUUGCCCCAGCUUUCCCAGGCACACCACCUUUUGUUCCAAGUGUCUGCCGGUCGACCAAUCUGCCUGCCACACAUUGACCAAGCCAGACCCAGUUCACCCAGCUCGAAGAUCCCAGGUGCAAGAGUGGCCCCUUGAGGCCCUGGAAAGACCAAUCACUGGACUUCUUCCCUUGAGAGUCAGAGGUCACCCGUGAUUCUGCCUGCACCUUACCAUUGAUCUGCAGUGAUUUCUGCAAAUCAGGAGAAACUGCAGGGCAAUCCCCUGUUUCCUAAGAACAAAAAAGUGCAAUAAAGGCCAUUCGUUACCUACUUUUCAGCACCCCACAAGAUGUAGCACUAUUAGCGUCCCCCUCAGAGGCCUAAUGUUGCCUGGGGAGCAGUGCCCAUCCCAGCCCGUUUCUGCCCGCCAGUUGUUCUCAGGAACCUUACCCAUGCUCCAGCGUCCUUCACCUGGCACAGGACAUGCAAGAUAAAUAGGGCAGGCACGUGUUUGGGUGUCCUCUCUUUUCUGAUAAAAUCCAUCCUGUAUUUGCCACACGCCCUCCAGUCCUCAGUUCCUCGGUUCCCACUGCCUAAUGUCUGCCCCCGCGUAGAUACUGAGAGGUGGUGGCAGUAAUUGUGGCCUUAUCAGCCGCUCAGUUCCAGGCUUUUGCCCAAGUCACUGUUGCCCCAUGUUUCGGAGAACCUGGCCCACCUGACUUGGCUUUCUCAUCCUUCCCAACCCAGUGCCAUUUGUUUCUGAAGCUACUCCUCUGGCCAGCUGGGCUUGGAUCCUUUGGGCUUUGACUGCUCCAUAGGUUUUGAUGGGUGAAACACGGGCCCAGAUGACAACCUCUCCCUCACUCCACAGGUAUGUGGGAGCCUCAGGUUCUCUGAAGGGCAGCAAAGUGGCCCACGCUGCCUCUGACAGCACAGGGCCUGGGGGUGGCUAACAAGAGAGGCCUUACAGUGCCAGCCUGCCUCCUCUUCCGCUGUCCUCCUUCCUUAGAGGGCUUCAAGCCAAACAAACGGCCUUUUCGUGUGAAACAUCUUCAGAGUGGGAAAGGGGCCACUUCUGGCUUUGUUAGCAAUAACUGACCUUCAGUUUACCCUUCUGAAGGAGCAGGGACUCAGCACAGAAUUCACUUUAGACGGGGCUGAAGGAGUGUCCCUCCUCUAUGUGAAAAGAAAAUUGUUUUAUUCUUCAUUCUGACUUUUUAACUGUUUGGCUCACUUCCAGUUAGUUUGAAUGAAAAUAAUAAUUUUCUACUUGGAGUUGAAGAGGGCAGAAUCCUCAGCUCUCAUCAUUGUGAUGUGUAGCGUGUCUGCCCUCUGACUGAACAUCAUUGCCAUUAACUUUCUUCUGGGCAUCAUGCGAGUGUCAUGAUGCCCAGACUUGGAGCAAGGCAACCUUGGAGUCAGCCCACUAAUAAAAUAUGGUACCACCCAUUUUAAAAUUUCUUUAAGUUUUAUCCUUAAAGACAACUUCAGUGGUUAAUUUUAAAAGUUGUGUUACUUCGUCCUAAAUUAAAUUGAUAAAAAGAUUUAAAAAUGUGUUUUGUUUCUACUAUUCAGAAACUGCGAACUAGGGAAAGGUUGGUAUGAAAAAAAUGUCUUUCCUUUUUUCAAUGUACAUAGUUCAACUCUUUCUUUGUUACAUUUAAACUAUAUCCAUGGAUAUCAGUCUGCUUUGGACUCCUCUGCUAGUGUUAAAGAUGGAAAUAAAACCAUUAAUUUGAACCAA